AUGGUACUGCAGCGACCCAGGAAGCCUUACAGCCGGAAGACACGAUCAAAACUUGUGGUGCAGCGCUCGUUCAAACAGUCCGAUAAACCUAGGGUACAAUGCCCGCAGUGCCCCUCGACUGUCGGUCGCGAGUACGAUCUCAAACGUCACAUGCUUUUGCAUCUCCGUCCCAAGGCGAAGGAUAAGAAGUCCUACCACUGCUCGCUCUGCCCGUUCAAAGCACUGCAAAAGAAGAACUGGGAGCAUCAUUUUAACGUCUACCACGAUGAGAAUCCUAAGAUCUUCUGGUGCCUCAUUCCAGGGUGCGAUUUUGAGGGUCUCGACCCAUCGAGUUACACGACUCAUUGCAAGUUGAUGCACGACACUCGUCCAUCCAUGUUGUACGGGACCAUCGGCCGGUCGAAACACCCCGCCUACGAUAAACUCACAAAGACCGACCUUGAACACGACCUUCUCGCAUUCGCGGAAGAAGAUCCGGAGGAAGACGUCUCUCCGGAGAUGGACCCAAGCUACGCGCCUAAUGCUCCCCGCCCGCCUCCGCCUGUCGAGGUGAAUUAUCCGGAGCCUGACGUUCGCGAAGCAGGCUAUACGGCGAAGUCCCCCUCGGCGCAUUCUCCCUCCUUCGUUGUCCACCAGGGUGCCGGUGUCCGCGGCGGAUGUUGCGCCACGAAAUCGCCGUCUCCAUCACUCAUCGUGCGCCAGGAAGCUUGCACCCGGGUCGAGAAAUCGUCGUCGACCUCCACGACGUUCUUCCAUGACGCCAGUACCCCCUACGCAGUUCCUACCCUCCGUUCCUGUACAUGGUCCACCGAGGAGCUUCGUGCAGCUACUCACCGCCACCGCGAUGGCGGCAAGAGCAACGUCCACAGUUCCGGCACCCAUCUCCCCGUCCAGUCCCCCGUCGCCGCCCCAGCCAAAAUUGGCGCUAUUGCGACGAACGGCGCCAUGUUAUCUUUUGCAAGCUCUUUCGCGACGGAGGCCAAGCGUGUCGUCUUGCCGCCCUGUUCCUCGCUCCCAGAUCCUAUGUCGUGGGUUCCACCCCCGCCUCAGGCAGUAGCCUCCCUCGCACCCCUCAUGGCCCUGGCCAGCGACGUAACAUCUGGUGCGGAGCGACGCAACAACUCGCCCGGCGUGUUUGCGUCGAGCCCCUACUACAGGCCCGAGGCUGCGCUCAGCCACGGUCAUCACCAGGCAGUGUCGUAUUACCGGAUGCACACCGGUGUCUGACCACUCAUUAACCUGCUCUGACUACGGUGCUCUCAUCGGUAAAAUC